UAGCAGGCGCCGGCCCGCUCGGGCGGCCUCCCCUCGGGGCGCGCUCUGGUGACGCCAUUCUCCCGGCGCCUGCGGGGCUGAGCCGCGUCGGUGUUGUGCGCCUUCCGGGGCGGGGCCGCCCAGCAGCCACCGAGGAAGGUGCCGCCCCGAGCCCUGGUGUCGCAGUGAGUGAGGAGCUGAGACAUGGAACCCCUGGGCGCAACCAUCAUUGAAGGUAUUGGGGAUGAGGUGAUGGUGGUAGCCAGCGUGUUAGUGGUUGUCCUGGCCCUGGUCACGGCCUGGCUUUCCACCUACGUGGCAGAUGGCAGCAGCCAGCUUCUGGGAAGUAUUGUUGCCCCGGGAGACUCCUCGGUGAUCCGGCUCAGCCCCGUCGAAAGGUACGUGGGGGCAUCGGGUACUGUUGAGCCUGCUGAGUCCCAGGGCCCCACUGAGAGCACGGAGGAGAAAGCCGAAGAAGAAGGAGAAGCUAAUGCACCAGUGGUCGAGCAGGGGGGCAGCAGCAGCAGCUCCUCUGACCCCAGCCUCGACCACCUGCUAAACAUACAAGGCUUGCCUAAGAGGACAUCAUCUGCCCAGUCCGGCGUCCAGGAGUGCAUAGGCCAAGACAGCCAAGGAACUUCUGCAGGGACGCACGCUGCGGAAGAGAGCGAGCCGUGCCCCGGGCUCAUCAAAGUGCGCCUCAAGUUCCUCAACGACACAGAGGAGGUGGCCGUGGUGAGGCCAGAGGACACCGUGGGCAUUCUCAAGAGUAAAUAUUUUCCAGGCCAAGAGAAUCAGAUGAAGUUUAUUUACCAGGGCCAGUUACUCCAGGACCAGGCACGGACCCUCCGCUCCCUCAAUAUUGUGGACAACUGUGUCAUCCACUGCCACCUCUCGCAAACCACUGCCUCCAGCCUCCCUGAUGCAGCAGGCACCCCACCAGAGACUGGGGGCAUCACUGUGAAUGUCGGCAACCUGAUGAUACCAAUCUUUGUGGUGAUGCUGGCUGUGAUCUGGUACUUCCGCAUCAAUUACCGUCAGUUCUUCACAGCCCCAGCCACAGUCUCCUUGGUUGGGGUGACUGUGUUCUUCAGCUUCCUGGUGUUUGGGAUGUACGGACGAUAAGGGGGCAACUUCCCCUUCUCCAGUUGUCCCUUUAACUGGAACCCAGCACUUGUUUUAUAGCUUCCAUUUUAAAUGCGCCAUGACAAAUGGUGCAAUGGAAACUGGUAGCCAGGAGCCGGAGAAACCGUGUGCCCUUCUGGAGGACACAGCCUGUGCCCAUGCACAGUGGAAGAGAGGCCUCUGGUUGGUUUCCUCAUCUUGCUGCUGCUUCAUGAGACUUGUCCCCUCUGUGGAAAGGGACAGCUGUGCCAGGUGCUGCUUCCACUCUGGCUUGCUUAGUUUUACUGUGAGACUAAUCACUCCCUAGACAAAAGCCUCCCCUGCUAAGGAGAUGCAGCCGUUCCUCUCAGGCAGAGGGGAGGGAGGGAACUGACCUUCCUGCUCCCCUCAGCACAUGCAUUCUGAGUGAGCCUCAGCUGUAUGAAGGAGUCCUGCAAAGAGCUGCAUCCCAGCUUGGCAGAUUGCAUUUGGUUGAGGCCUUUUGCUUCCCUCUGGUACGCAGGCCUUGGUAGAACCCAGCUACUCUAGGUUUGCAUGCUCAGGCUUGUGCUAGUGGGCUGUAGACCAUGCUCCCCUCAGUGCAGCAUAUAGAGCAAACAUAGCAUGCUCUGCACAGAAGGGACCCUGGCUGGUGCCUCUCUCCUGUCAAUUCCUGCCUCCCCCUCCCAUGCCAAGAUUAGCUACAGUUCUUGCUCACCCAGUACCAUAGUGCAAGUUCUGAAGUGCUGGCAGGUUCCCACUGCUGCUGACAUGUAGCAGCUCUCUACUUCCCAGCCUUCACUUGCUAUUCACUAGGCCCAGUACUCCUGCUUCUCAAGACCAAACUGACUGUCUGGCACCUUAUCAAGCAGGGAAGAGACUUUUUAAAAGGACUUUCUUUCUUUUUUUUAAAAAUAAAUAAAAGAUUGCAACUUA